AACUCAUAAGCAGAAAUCACAUCCAAAACUCAGAGGAAGAACCCAAAAGGAAAAGCUUCGAUUAGGGUUUAUAAGCCCCACUAAAACACCUUUGUUUUCCCCCAAAACAAUGCUCUAAACUCUAUAAUCAUCAAAAUCCUAGGGUUUUCCUCUCCCACUUUUUAUUGGUAAUUUCGAGACUUGAGUUGUAGGUCAUACCAGUGCUACCGACUUUUGUUCUAAAACUGUUUGGUUAAGUAAUACUAUUUUUUAGAUGUAUGCUCAAGAGAAUCAAAAUCCUCAGCCUGGGCAGGGUACUCAAAAACCCAUGUCUUCUCCUUAUCAACAGCACCUGCCGGGUCCACCUCCUCUACCUCAAUUCCAGCUAGGCCCUUCAAGCUUUACAUAUCAACAGCAUGGUCCUGCUGCACCUCAUCAAAUUCCACCUGGUGGUAGGUUGCCAAAUACAGGUCAAUCUUAUCUAUACCCACCUUUGCAGGUUCACGCAGGUGCGUCAUUGCCUCCUCUGUAUCUGAGUACUCUACAGAACUCACAACAUAAUUCACAGUUAGGUACCCAGAAUGCACUUAAUAUGCCACAGCCAGUGCUUCCUCCUAUUAGUACAUCUCACCCAGAAGUUUCACAGACCCUGCCACCCUCCUCGAACAUUACCUCCUCCACCACCUCCUCCACCACCUCCUCCUCAAUCACCCCCACUGCCACCUCUACCCUCCUCUCCACUGCCUAUCCAACCAUCUCCUCCACCUUCCACCUCUGUUUCCAUUUCAUCUUCUAAGCCUGCCCAGAAUGAUUCCAGCUUGCCCCGUAAUCUGGAUAAUGAUGGGUCUAAGUUAAGUACUUCAGGUUCCAUGGACGAAGCAGUGACUCCAAAUCAGGUCAACCCUGAUUUAAUUGCAGAUGAUGACUCUCUGAAUAAGGUUGGGGGAAAUGCCUGCAAUGUGAGUUUUAUGGUUGGAGAUAAGCUAUCAUUACAAGAAGGUUUGAACGUGGAUGUAUCUUCCCCUCAUCGUAAGCCAACAGAUAAAAAUGUCGUUGAAAGGAUUAAAGCUUUAUGCGCGUGCAUUGCUAAGAAUGGUCCUGAUUAUGAGGAUGUGGUUCGUAAAAAUGAACAUAGCAAUCCAGAGUAUGCAUUUCUGUAUGUUGAUGAGCCCGGAAGUGAGGAUGCUAUAGCGCAUGACUUUUUCCAGUGGAUGAAAAAGAAAAGUAUUUUGACCUGUAAAGUAGAUGAACAGAGAGACGAUUCAUCUUUGAGGCCUUCAGAAAACGUGUCUCCGGAGCAACCCUGUCCUUCGGUGAUUGCAGCUGUAUCUCAUUUGCCUGGUGAUUCUGACAUGGAGAUGGAAGAUGAUAUCACCCAAAUUGAUGAAGACCAGGGAAUGAAUAACUCAUCCAAAGGCCUGAACAGUCACUGUGAUAUCUACAACAGCAUGAUUAAUGUUGAAGAGCAGUACUGUCACCCAGUGCAAAUAUCAACAGAUGGCAAUGCAAUCAAGGACAUUUUAUCAGAAAAAGAAUCAGCUGCUGGUAGUUCAAGAUUGGUUAAAGAAGAUCCUAAAGGUAUAAAUGCUAACCCAAUGGCAUUUGGUGCAUCUGUUUCCAAAAUUAAUUCAAUCAAGUCAACUGUACCUUCUAAACAACCUCUUGUCACAAGUUUGGAUAAAUCAAAUACUUCUGUUCAACUUGCAGAAAGUGGCUGUCCAUUCAGACUUAUACAAGACUAUGCUUCUGAUGACAACUUAGAAAAUGUUGAGGUUGGUUCUAGUGUUGAUAGCGAUAAAUUACGAAAGGAAUCUAGUCUAGAGGAAGAAAAUAUGACUCUUGGUUCUCAACAUAAACUGGACAAGUUUGGGCGUUUGAUCCGGGAUGGUGCUAGUGCUAGUGACUCAGAUGAUUCUUGCGAUAUUGGGAAGUAUAGAAGGGGAAGACCUCAGAGCAGAAAUCAGAGCCAUUCAUCUCUAGAUAAAAGGAGAAGAAGUCCAAGGAAGAGAAGGAAGAAGCGCAGCCUAUCUCGCAGUUGGUCUUCCAGAAACCGGAGAAGCAGGAGCAGGUCUCCCAGAAACCGUAGAAGCAGGAGCAGGUCUCCCAGAAACCGGAGAAGCAGGAGCAGGUCUCCCAGAAACCGAAGAAGCCGGAGCAGGUCUCCCAGAAGCCGGAGAAGCAAGAGCAUGUCUCCCAGAAACCGGAGAAGCAGGAGCAUGUCUCCCAGAAAUGGGAGAAGCAGGAGCAGAUCUCCCAGAAAUCGGAGAAGCAGGAGUAGAUCUCCUAGUUUUCAGCACACAGAUGAAUUCUGUGGUGAAAAGAAGAGACGAGUGAAGGGACAGAUGCCAUUAUGUUUUGACUUCCGUCGAGGGAAGUGUUACCGUGGAGUUUCUUGUCGUUAUUUGCACCACGAUCCUGGAAAGAGUUAUGAAUCAAGGUGGCAAAAGAGCAAACAACAUCUGGAGUUGCCUCAUACUUCUAGGACUAAUAAUGCCUGUGAAGAGAUCAAGCAGAGCUCUGAGAAAGGAGAAGAUUCUGGUGAUGGAGUUGUUCAUUAUCAAGAUAUUCGGUCCAAUGAGUAUCACAUGGUUAAAUCUGAUAGAUCUAGAGACACCCCGACCUCUUUAUUUGAAACAAACUUGUUAGAAAAGCAGGAAGGGCCUAAUGCUGCCAGUUAUGAGAAUUGUCUAGAAGCAGCUGCAGAAUCUCAACACCUCUCAACUAUGGAUUGCUCAUCAGUUGGCAAGACGGAUACACUGAAGUCUUGUGCUAAUGCUUCUCAGCAAGUACCUGCUUCUUCGUUCAGCCCUUUAGAUCCAGUGUGUCAAAAUGCUAAUUGCCAACCUCAACAAUCAGAUAACUCAUCCAUGUCUGAUUCUUUACCGUGUAAAACAUCUAAAUCGUCGGUAGAUAUGCUUCCAGACAGUAAUGUUCAUCCACAUUCAACGGAGUUACAUAACCGUCCUUGCCAUAUAUCCUCCCCUUCUGUCCUAUGCUCUUAUGGUAAAGAUAAUGCAUGUGUGAAAGAGCAGCAAACUUCAUCUUCUAUGCUUCAAUCUUCCAGGGAAAGCUUUCCUUCUUACAUUUUACCUAGCCAAGAGUCUUACUUUGCUCUACAGCCAAAUUCUUCUUUGACUUCCUUACCUCCACCUCCACCUCCACCUCCACCUCCACCUCCACCACCAUCAGUGGAUUCAACUGUAACUCCCUGUGUUUCUUCACAUUUUCGGCAGAGUUACCUUCCUCUGAGGAAUGAUUUUGGUUCCCAGAUUCUCCAAAGACCUUACCUUACUAAAUUGCCUGCAUGUUCUCAAUCUGAUGGGUUUCAACAGCGAGCUUAUCUUCCAAUUCAGGAUGUUAAUCAACCUAUCUUGCAGGCUUCUUUACCUGUGUAUAACCUGCCCGGAGCUCCUAGUAUGUCAAGAGAUGAUGGUUUAACACAACCUCCAACACAGAAUGUUAUUACUUCAAAUUCCUUUUCCCAGAGCAAUAUUCAUCCUCAUGCUCUACCCUGUUCAGAACAGUUGCUGGGAAACAAAAUGCAACCAUUUUCCUCUGAGAUUGUGCCACCAGGUGGACUUUCUUACUCAUUUUCAUAUAUUAAUCCCUAUGCACAGCAGCAACCACCACACAGUUCACACCACUCUACAAUUGAUGGUAUUUGUAAUCUUGGUGGAAAGAUGAAUUCUUCAUUAAAAGUUCCACCAAAUAUUGAGGACAUCCCACCCCACAGAGUUGACAUUGGAGGAUCAAGUAGAUCAAUUCCUAAUCCAAAUGCAUCGGCUCUUCUUCAGCCUAUGAAUACCAAUUAUGAUUCUGAUGUUCUCUGGAAAGAAAAAGAUAUAGCCUACAAUAGAAUUCCUUUCAGUUUGGCUAAUGAUUCAGUUCAUGAGAGAGGUAUUGUAUCUCAACAAGCAACAUUGUCACCCUAUUCUUCCAGGGCCUUUGGGCAGAAUUUUCAUAGAACAGGUGGUGACCAAUAUGAUCCACUCAUUGAUAGCAUUGAACCAUCUUCAAGUUUAUUGAGAAAAAACAAUUGUAUUCAAAAGUUGGAAGUAACAGGUGACUCUGACAUUGUGUUGGGGCUUACUGGUUCUGACAAGCCACUGAAUGUGGGGAAAAACAAUCAGAGGAAAGAUGCUGCAGCUGCUGCUUCUGUGGUAGCUGCAGGGAAGGAGGAAUUUGGAGAGACUGCUGAUGGUGAAGUUGGGUCUGUUGAGAGUGGAAGCCCUAGUAAUCCAGUUGAAGCUAACAUGGCUACUAGUGAGGUUGAGAUUGACCAGAUAAAGUCUCCGGGGAAGAGCAAGAAGAGCACAAAUUCCAGAUCGAUGAAGCAUUUCAAGGUUGCCCUUGCACGUUUUGUGAAGGAGCUUUUAAAGCCAUCAUGGAAACAGGGUAAUAUGAGCAAUGAGACAUUCAAGACUAUUGUGAAGAAGACUGUUGAUAAAGUAUCAGGAGCUAUGAAGAGCCACCAUGUGCCCAAAUCUCGUGAAAAGAUCGAUCGUUACAUCAAAUCAUCUCAGCAGAAAUUGACGAAACUUGUGAUGGGUUAUGUUGAUAAGUAUGUUUAUGUGUAAGAUGGCAUCGAUGUUGAUCCAAAACACUUUCAUCAACAGUGGGUCGAGAAAAAGACAAGAAAUUUUUGAGUUGGUGGUGCUAAAAACUCGGUGUGUAUAGUUUUGUAAUGUUUGGAUAAUUUUAUGAAGAAAAAAAAAGAGGUGAAAAUGACGAGAUACGUUACGUUACGUUACUCGAAUUCAGAUGCGAGUCCGACACACAUGCUUAAAAGAAUUGAGUAAAAAAAAUAAUGUUA